UGAAGGAGGAGUCUGUGCUGAGGCGGUGGUUUUCCACAUCUUGUAGAAAUGUUUCCCUGACAGGAACCUUCCGCCUGCAGAGUUAGAGGUUCCCUUCCCCUUUUUGCCCUGCCCGCUCCUUUGCCAAGAGCACUGAACAGGAAGAAGUGUUUGUUUGAAGAUGCUGCUAGCACAGUGAAGUUGUGAACAAGGACGGUACCCAUUGCCUGAUCAGGAGCAUAUGCUCAGGAGACAAGGAACUCUGCUCACCGCACAAUCAUCAGCCUUCUGAAAAGACUCCUAUCUGUGUGCCAGCCCAGAAAGACCUCAGGUCCCUGAAUCCCCAUCAUCAUGAACUGGAACAUGAUCAUCUCAGUGCUUAUUAUAGUAGUUAUCAAAGUUGUUGGAAUGACCUUAUUUCUGCUGUAUUUCCCACAGGUUUUUGACAAAAGUAAUGAUGGCUUCAUCCCCACGGAGAGCUACGGAACCACUAAUGUGCAGAAUGUCUCACAGAUCUUUGGGGAAAAUAACGAAAGCGUCAUGCCUACAAGGAACUAUGAGACAGUCUCGCCAAUCUGUCCCAAAGACUGGGAUUUUCAUCAAGGGAGAUGCUUCUUCUUCUCCACCUCUGAAUCAUCUUGGGAAAACAGCAGGGAUGACUGUGCAUCAAAAGAAUCCACACUGGCAAUUGUCAACACACCAGAGAUACUGAAGUAUCUUCAGGACAUAGCUGGUGCCGAGAAGUACUUUGUUGGUUUGAGACGUCAGCCUGGAGAAAGAGAGUGGCGUUGGAUCAACAACUCUGCCUUCAAUGGCAAUGUGACGAAUGAGAAUCAGAACUUCCACUGUGUCACUAUAGGCCUGACAAAGACAUUUGAUGCUGCAUCAUGUGACAUCAGCUAUCGCUGGAUCUGUGAGAAGACUCCCAAAUGAUCGUGGGUCUCUACAACAAGAGCAAAUAUAUAUCUACAAAGCCAACACAAGAAAUCAGUUGCAACUGAAACUAGUUCAGAAAAUACGGAACAUCAAAGACUGUGCCCCUCUUCCACAGGUUGCUGAGGAGCUUCCCAGUAAAUCCUCAGGGUCAAUAUGUUAUUCCUUUUACAAACAUCUUCACACAACAGGAAAAUUCCUGUCCUUCUCCAGGCAUUCCCCAAGACCACACUUCCUGUGAGAGGGGACUGGAUUCUAGUGCUCUCCAGUAGACAGGGCCAGUUUUCUGGAGAUGAAAUUGAUAUGGAAAUGAAAUCUGUUCUUGUAGAGUUGAGCAUUUUGACUGAUCAAUGGGCUUUUGCCUGAAGACAGGAUCUAUUUCAUCCUUAGAGUACAUGCCCAUAUUAUUGAGAAGAAACUGCCAAUGGAAUAGAGAUGAGCACUGUUAGAAGGUGGCAUGGGUAAAAGAUAAACUCAGUUUCAUGACCUCCCCUAUUCCCAAAAGGUUUCCAUUCCCAUACUCCUCCCUAGAAGCUAAGGAGGAACAGGCCUUCCUCAGUCUGAACUGAGAGCAAGGCUCUUGGGAGGACCUCUACAGCUCAACGUGGAGCUGAGAGAACAUUGUGGGAAUGCAGAAGGGUUUGUAUAGGACAGAGAAAAGAGGAGGGGAAGGAAAGGGAGAGGAAGAGGAGAGAAGGAGGGAGGAAGAGAGAAGAAAGGAGG